CAUCAUCGUUAUUCAACCAACUCGGCAGUCUCCUUUACUGCCUCCCCGUCGUCCUCUCCUCCCCAACUCAACCUCAAUUACACAUCGCCCUCCGAUCGAUGCCCACGAUGGGGACAACUCAAAGGCCUCAGCCUCCGGUGGCCAAGAAGGUGGAGCACCUCAUGGAGAUGUUCGGCGACGUGAGGGUUGACAACUUCUACUGGCUCCGCGAUGACGCCCGCUCUGAUCCCGACGUCCUCUCUUACCUUCAAAAGGAGAAUGCCUAUACUCAUUCCCUCAUGUCCGGCACGCAAAAUUUUCAAGAUGAGCUCUACGCGGAGAUAAGGGGCCGGAUCAAGGAGGAUGAUGUGUCUGCGCCUGUGCGCAAAGGGGCUUACUACUACUACCGGAGGACUCUGGAGGGUAAGGAGUACGUUCAGCAUUGUAGGUGUCUUGUACCCAAUCCAGAGGUCCCACCUUCUGCAAACGACACGAUGCCUACAGGACCUGAUGCUCCUCCGGAGCAUGUUAUCUUGGAUGAGAAUGUUAAGGCUCAAGCUCACGAUUAUUAUGUCAUUGGUGCUUUCAAAGUUAGUCCGAACAACAAGCUCGUGGCCUAUGCGGAGGAUACAAAAGGGAACGAGAUUUAUACCGUUUAUUUCAUUGAUGCCGAUACUGGGGUUCCCUUGGGGAACCCUAUAGUGGGUGUGUCUUCCUAUCUCGAAUGGGCAGGUGAUGAGUCUUUAGUGUACAUCACCAUGGACGAGAUUCUCCGCCCUGACAAGGCAUGGUUACAUAAAUUGGGAACUGAACGAUCAACGGAUCGUUGUCUUUAUCACGAAAAGGAUGAGACGUUUUCUCUGGAUCUUCAACCUUCUGAGAGCAAGAAGUUUUUGUUCGUUGCAUCUGAAAGCAAAAAUACAAGGUUCAACUUUUACCUCGAUGUUUCAAGGCCUGAAGAUGGGCUUAAAGUUCUUACACCUCGUCUGGAUGGUAUCGACACAUCCGUCAGCCAUCGUGGGGAUCAUUUCUUUAUUAAGAGGAGAAGCGACCAGGUUUUCAAUUCAGAGAUAGCAGCUUGUCCGAUGGACAAUACAUCUGCAACUAAGGUUCUUCUUCCGCACAGGGAAAGCAUAAAAAUUCAGGAUAUGCAACUCUUUAAGGAUAAUCUUGUUGUAUAUGAGCGUGAAGAGGGUCUACCAAGAGUAACUAUCUAUGGCCUUCCAAAUGUUGGAGAACCGCUUAAGAGUCUUCAAGUUGGCCAUAGAGUUGAUUUUAUUGAUCCUAUAUACUCAGUGGAACCAUCAGAGUCACAGUUUGUUUCCAGCAUUUUACGCUUUGAGUAUAGCUCAAUGAAGACGCCACACUCGGUGUACGAUUAUGAUAUGAAAACAGGCAUUUCUGUUUUGAAGAAGAUUGAAGCAGUGUUCGGGGGUUUUGAUGCUCUAAAUUAUGUCACUGAAAGGAAAUGGGCAAAUGCUCCUGAUGGCACUCGGAUUCCUUUAUCAAUUGUUUAUCACAAGCAUCGAGUGAAGCUUGAUGGGUCGGACCCAUUGCUACUUUAUGGCUAUGGUUCUUAUGAGGUAUGCAUAGAUCCCAGUUUCAAGCCAUCAAGGCUAUCUUUACUAGAUCGAGGUUUUGUUUAUGCAAUAGCUCACAUCCGAGGAGGUGGUGAAAUGGGGAGGAAGUGGUAUGAGGAUGGGAAAUUUCUUAAGAAAAAAAAUACUUUCACGGAUUUUAUUGCUUGCGCUGAGUAUUUAAUAGAAAACAAAUACUGUUCAAUGGAAAAAUUGUGCAUGGAUGGAAGAAGUGCCGGAGGAUUGCUCAUUGGUGCUGUUCUUAAUAUGAGGCCUGACUUGUUCAAGGCUGCUAUUGCUGGAGUACCUUUUGUUGAUGUUUUGACGACAAUGCUGGAUCCAACUAUUCCCCUUACUACUUCAGAGUGGGAGGAAUGGGGUGACCCGCGAAAGGAGGAGUUUUACUUCUACAUGAAGUCAUAUUCCCCUGUUGAUAAUGUUAAGGCACAAAAUUAUCCAGACAUUCUUGUGACAGCUGGUUUAAAUGAUCCACGUGUUAUGUAUUCGGAACCUGCUAAGUUUGUAGCAAAACUGAGGGAUCUGAAGACUGAUGAUAACCUGCUGUUAUUCAAGUGUGAAUUUGGUGCUGGUCAUUCUUCAAAGUCAGGAAGAUUUGAGAAGCUUCAAGAAGAUGCAUUCAUGCAUACUUUUGUAAUGAAGGCUUUAAAUAUGAUUCCUGACCAUGGAUCUGGACAGAACUGAUGGAUUGCUGCCGCCUUAGGAGAUGAAAGAAUCCUCAGUGCCUCACUAAUCGCUCAACAGUAUCAGCAACAUCUUGCAUGGUAAUUUUGUGAAGGAUGAUUAUCAACGUUCUGAAUGUUUUAAUGUUGUAUUACCUUCCCAAGGGAAGAAAAAUGAAUAAUUUACAAAAUCAUGCCGAUUCAUUUCAGGUGGUUUAAGAUAAAAUAGUAUGGAAAACAGUAGUACGCUAAGGGAUACAAGAUGCCAGAUAUCCUGCGUUUCUGGAC